UCGUGGUGCUGUGGAUGCGAACAACGAGAAUCGUGCAUAAUGGAAUUAAACGGCCAUAGUGUAUAUCCAACGGUGGAACGCGUUUUUACCGGUUUUUAAGCGUUUGUCGAUUACUGUUGCAUAUCAUCCGCACGCACGCGUAUAUAUACGGACCCACGCAAGUUUAUAAUAUCACUUUGACACAUUUAAAUAAUAAGAAGGUGAAGAAUAGAUACUCUAUAUUUCUUAAUCCGAAAUCAAAUACCUUUUUAUUUCGAUGAAUCGCAUUCAAAGGAUCUACUGCCAGAUCAAGACUGCGGUGAAGAACUUUCAAGAUCGUCCUGCAGGAUCAUCAUACAAGAUCGAUGACAUUGGUGGCUAUCCUGCCGGAUACAAUCCUAAAGUGCACGGACCGUAUGAUCCGGCCCGUUUUUACGGGAUGCCCGUCACGCCGUUUUCGAAACUGAAACUCUGCGAGGUUACGGAUUGGGUGAAGUGCCGCGAUAAAUCGCCCAAAGCGAUCGCUGGAUUAUUUUCGCGCGCUUAUUGGAGAUGGUCACACCAAUAUGUACAACCGAAACGUACAACAGCUGCUCCGUUAAUUCAUAGUCUUGUCGGCAUGAUGUUAGUAUUCUACAUCAUGAAUUACGGCAAAAUUAUUCGUGAACGCAAAUACAAACAUCACUAA